AUGGCUCGGACCGUACCGCUAGAGCUCGCUAGUCACAUGGACCGAAGCGAACUGCAACCUUCCACGUGUGUGGAGUCGACGGCGGUCCGAGUGAGGCAUCCAGUGACAACCCACGUUGGAGGGCGUUCCAUGGACGAGGGUAGCGCAGCCUCGCCGUGCCGUCCUCCCGCGGGGCCGCCGGAUACGGUGAGCUGCCGAGAGGCCAGGGACGGGAAGCGGCGGUCGCGCAGCCUGGGAGAGGACAGUCAAACGGCAGAGGGAGGCGUCGCGGGAUGGCCUGGUGCGAGGCGGAGACGGUGGGACGCUGGGGGGACCAGCAGCUGGGCUGUUUCUGGGACACUCGGGGCGGUUGUCGCUGUGCCGUCGUGGAAUCACGUGUCCCCGGGAGCAUGCAGCAGCCCCCGAGUGGUUCCGACUGGGUACCCCGCGUCGUCAGAAGGCUCCGGCGCCGGAAACAGGGAUCAAGCAGACGUCGUGGUAGUAAGCGACGAAGAGGGAGAGGGUGACGCCUUUUGUGUCGACUCUGAUGACGAGGUCGAGAUCCUUGGGAGUAGUCAAGGCGGCGCGUCGCGAGAACCUACGUCUGAGAGCGUGGAAACGGGAGAAGGAGUGGUUCGCCGACUACGCAACGGUCAGAACUGUGUAGGGCACGAUCAAUCCUCGUCGGAUAUGUCCAUUCAGUCCCGCGCUGCUCGAGCGGCGGCCGGGAUUUAUCCUCUCCAGCGCAACUCAGGACGACCUCAGAGGCGUUACUCGACUGAGGCUGCGCAGCCUCCAGUGGCCGGGGCUUCAGGCAGAGGGGCAAGGCGGCCCGUUGAGGCGUCACACGGCGACCGAGCCGAUUCAACAACCUUUCGGAGAAGGCCCGGUCGCCGGCAGCAAGGCCAUGUCGACGACCGUGGGUCAGAAACGCGUCACACUUCAGGCCUGCUUCACGAGCUCAAAGAAGCGGAUCGUCGUCUCGCUCGAGCCCGAGCCACCGUCCAGCGUCUCCGGCAGGCCGAGGACGAACUUUUCCGAGAGCGGAGAGAACUGGAGCAGCGGCGCGAUCCACGGAUGCAGCGUUCCUUGUCGCCGGGUGGGAGAACGUCCCUCGCGCGCCAGUCGCGAGUUGCAGAAAUCGCUGCGUGGGAGCAGCGGCUGGUGUCUGUUCGGAGACAGUCCGCAGCUGCGCGACGGCAGGCGGCUGAAGCGAGUCUGCGCGUCCGAAGGUUGCGGCGAAGCGUUUGGGCCGCCGAAGGUGGCCUGCGUGCUCCGGUCGUUCGACGGGACUGGACGAGUUCUGCAAACUCGGGAGCCUCGACCCUGCCGCACGACUGUGGGCGCCGAAGAGCGCGCGGGGAUUCGGCAGACGCGAGUCGCUUCCAGCGUGAGGCGCAAGUCUUGGAGGCGUUUGUCGACGUCCCGUCCACUCUUCCGGACCAUGCAAGGCAGGUGCUGCUGGGAUGGGCAUGGCUCGAAGCCGCUGGUUUCUCCCAGUCCCUGCCUGCCAGUGGGCGGUGCCCGAUUUGUAAAGAGAGCGUUCUGCGCCUGAUGGAACGUGCAAACUCAGUGGCGUCAGGUCUGCUCGACGAGGCCGUUGAGCCAGAAGGAUAUACUGUAGAGUAA